AUGGAUCUCGACAUUGAGAUGGACGUGGACGACGUCCAGGAGGUCCCACAGCAUAUCCCAGAGGCAUACACUCAUGAUAUAAUCACCGGCGAGGAACAGGAACCCGGUGAGGUCGACGACAUCCCAGACGAGCAAAACGGCAGCUCAGCAGAGAGUGUUCGCGUGCCCAACAAGGUUCACAUCCGCGGCCUCGACACCUUCACCCCCAACGAUGUCAAGGGCUACCUUUCCGAGCACUACGGCAUGAUGGAGUUUGAGCGAGUCGAAUGGAUCAACGACAGCUCGGCCAAUUACAUUUUCAAAUCCGAGUCGGCCGCGCAAAACGCCCUGCUUUCUCUUGCGGCGGUUGAGAUUGCCGACCUGAGUCAACUUUCGCCGCUUGAGAUGCUGCCAGCCAAGAACUUUUCCCAAAAGCCAGAGUCGAACUUGCUGGUCCGGUUUGCGGUGGCGGGGGACAGGAAGGUGCAGGGGGCUGCGGCUUAUAGUCGGUUUUAUUUGAUCAACCCGGAGUAUGAUCCCGAGGAGAGGCGCCGGAGGGGGGAGUUUAAUAGGGGCAAGUAUAGGGAUCGGGAUGACAGGCCUCGCAGGAGGAGGAGGGAGAGUCGUUCGGAGGAGAGGAAUACGUUUGAUGUUAAUCUUUAUGAUGAUGAUCCGAAGGCGUUGAGUAAUCGGGUUACGACGAGUCCUAGGCCACGAUACCGGUCGAGAUCGGUGAACUCGGCGGAUUUUAGAAGGGAAAGGAGGGUUAGGUCCAGGUCGAGGGAGAGGCCGAAUCGGAACAAGGAGCUUUUCCCUGAGAGACGGAGGCCGGCGGUUGGGUUGAGGGAUAGGUCUGCUUCUCCAGUUAGGGAUGGGGAUGGGGAUGCGCAGAUGGAUUUGGAGGAGGAUGCUCGUGCUGUGGCUGUUCAGCGGAGUAGAGAAAGAGGUCGGGAGCUGAGGGAAAGACUGUCUAGGGAUACUAAGGACAAGGAGUUGUUCCCAAGCAAAGUCACGGCAAAGAAGGAGCUGUUUCCAGAGAAGGCUGGGUUGGCGGUUGGCAGCAAGGCACAGAUGGAUCAGGUCACUAACAGCUCAACUAUUCUCGCCACCGCAUCACUAGCAGACAGGAUAACAACUCGACCGACGGCAUCAGGAGGGGAAGGGGGGCUGAAUAUUCGUGGCAUGGCUGGGAAGCAAGGGACAGGUCAGGGGAUUGCGAUCAAGGGGACGGGGGCCAAGGUUAAGGAGUUGUUCCCGGGCAAGUUUGGAAGUGGGGGGAAUGCUGGGAAGGAGUUGUUUGCGGAGAAGUUGGAGGGGAGGGGGAGGAGGAGGCAGAGGGCGGAGGAUUCUUGGAAUUGA